CUYUGUCUCYUGUUCCCAACGAAACACUUCUCGGUAAAAAUCCUUCCGCACAAGGACAGCAGUACGACUACAGUUUUAUCACACUUGCAAACYGUAUCAACACUACUAAAAUGGGCCGCGGCAAAGAAUCGAAAGCUAAGCGCAAAGCCGCCAAGAAGGAAGCGGCGGCGAACGACGACCGGGUUGCCGGUGGCUCGACCGAGGAGCUGAAGGACAACGGGGCCAUGGACGACUYCACCAGCAUACCUCUUCCUCCCGGUAUGAUGGCGGGCAGCAAAGGGGAUGACGACAGCGACGACAGCUCGGAAGGCAGCGGCGAGCGAAACGACGCCGAGGAAUUGCUGAUGAUCCGAAAGAAGAAGGCCAAGCAAUCCUCGUGCUGCAACGACGACAACUGCGCCCCGCCGCCCAAGAAGUCCGCCAGCUCGCAGGGCAUCAAGACCACGCCACUGAUUCUCCUGGUGCUGAUGGUAGGUACCUCGUGUCUUCCCGCCUUGAUCUACCUCAACGACUACAUCGGGGGGUACCUCGCAAAGAACAACGUGAUCGGACAAAUCGGCUUUCGCCUCGGCAUGGGCCAGGUCCCCAAGAAGCGCGUCCUGAGUUUCUACGAAAAACACGACCCGGAGAAGAUCAACGAGGUCCCAAAGAUUCUCGGCAAGUAUUACGGGGACUACCCGAAGCUCGUCAAGAGACUCGAGCGCAAGUACCAGGACUACGGGUAUUUCCUCGGCUGGGAGGAGGACGAGGCUCCGAUGGCGCUGGCAAAGGAACAGCUCCAGGAAACGUACAGCCUCUGGAUCAAYAGCUACUGGAACGUGUAUGCUCCCCAGCAGGCAAAAACCGCGGCGCGCAACAUACGAUACAACCUGACGUUCUUGCACAAGAAGUUCUACAAGUUGUUUUGGAAGAAGAUCUGGCCCCACCUGGAGCCCKUCCUCGGUGUUCCCGCCGGAACCGAAAAGCAGAAGCGCAAGGACCGGGCGGACGCCCAGAAGCGCAGGGGUGGACAAAGCGGCAGCCGUACUUCCGGAAAGAAAAAAUACCGCGACGACGUCGAAGAAUAAGGCAGCAGGCCAACAUAUUACACACAUUGGUGUCGGUGCAGCGACCACUCGUGCGGUCGUUGCCAAACCAAAAUCUCGAGGCCCGGAAAACAAAACGACACAAACCUCGAGAAUGAACUACACUCCUCCGAAUUUAACGAAUCAAACUGAGUCGAACCCGAAUAAUUGCAUUUGAUUAAU